CUACAGCCGAAGUAUCACUUCACAGCCGAAGUACCAUUGCCCCUCUCUCUCUCUCUCCCCUCUGUUCUCCUCUCCAAAACUCUAAACUCUCGUUCUGAGCAAUAGUGUGAACGAUAAAGAGCAACGGAUACGAAACCAAACCCUAAUUAAUUCUUACAAUACAAGCCAGGGAUAAAGCAUGGCGCUCAUAUCCCAGGCAAGUCCAUCAUAUUGCAUUCAUUCCGAGAGACAAUGUAAAGCUGGAAAUAUGGUGGUUUAUAGCGUCAGAAACUUCAUGGACACAUCCAAAAUGAAGGAAAACUCCAUUGGUUUGCCAGCAUUACCAUGGAAUUCCUCAAAGACAGUUCAGAGCUUGCAUAUAGAUGGUGUUAGACUAGGAGGCCGACGAGGACAUGGAGUGAUUGUUGCUGCCAGUCCUCCUACUGAGGAGGCUGUGAUUGCAGCAGAGCCACUGACAAAAGAGGAUCUUGUUGGAUACCUUACUUCUGGAUGCAAGCCUAAGGAAAAAUGGAGAAUAGGUACCGAACAUGAAAAGUUUGGUUUUGAGUUUGAAACUCUACGUCCCAUGAAGUAUGAACAAAUAGCAGAUCUGCUCAAUGGUAUUUCUGAGAGAUUUGAUUGGGAGAAAAUAAUGGAAGGUGACAACAUUAUCGGACUUAAACAGGGAAAGCAAAGCAUCUCAUUGGAACCUGGUGGCCAAUUUGAGCUUAGUGGUGCCCCUCUUGAAACUCUGCAUCAGACUUGUGCCGAGGUUAAAGCUGUUGCAGAGGAGAUGGGAAUUGGAUUCUUAGGCAUUGGUUUCCAGCCCAAAUGGGGAGUGCAAGACAUACCCAUAAUGCCCAAGGGAAGAUAUGAGAUUAUGAGGAAUUACAUGCCCAAAGUUGGAUCCCUUGGACUUGAUAUGAUGUUCAGGACGUGUACUGUUCAGGUUAAUUUAGACUUUAGUUCUGAAGCUGACAUGAUAAGGAAAUCUCGUGCUGCUCUUGCUUUACAACCUAUUGCAACGGCUCUGUUUGCCAAUUCACCUUUCACUGAAGGAAAGCCAAAUGGUUAUCUUAGCAUGAGAAGCCAAAUUUGGACUGAUACUGAUAAGAACCGCACCGGAAUGCUGCCCUUUGUUUUUGAUGAGUCCUUUGGGUUUGAGCAGUAUGUAGAUUAUGCUCUUGAUGUCCCAAUGUAUUUCACCUACCGCAAAAAGAAGUAUAUUGAUUGUGCUGGAAUGUCCUUCCGGGAUUUUAUGGCUGGAAAACUUCCUUGUAUUCCGGGUGAAUAUCCAACUUUGAAUGAUUGGGAGAAUCAUCUGACAACAAUAUUUCCCGAGAUCAGGCUUAAAAGGUAUUUAGAGAUGAGGGGUGCUGAUGGAGGACCUUGGAGGAGAUUAUGUGCAUUGCCUGCAUUUUGGGUGGGUCUAUUAUAUGACGAGGUUUGUUUACAAACUGUUCUGGACAUGACAGCUGAUUGGACCGCCGAAGAAAGACAGAUGUUGAGGAAUAAGGUACCAAAGAGUGGUCUGAAGACACCAUUUCGAGAUGGCUUGCUGAGGCAUGUUGCUGAAGAUGUUCUAAAGUUGGCAAAGGAUGGCUUGGAAAGGAGAGGCUUUAAGGAAGCAGGAUUCUUGAAUGCAGUGACUGAGGUGGUUCAAACUGGUGUGACACCAGCUGAGAAGCUUCUUGAGUUAUACCAUGGAAAGUGGGGACAAAGUGUGGAUCCUGUUUUUGAGGAGCUGCUCUACUGAGGUUCUGUUGUUUUGUUCUAAAUUAGCUGCCAAUGUCAGGUUUUAACAAGAAUAAAUUGUGACGUGUAUCCUUGGCACAAACCUUUUCAUCAGUAAGUCACGUCCUAAAUAAUGUUGUCAAUCUUUGUUUGACCAUCACUAGUUGCCCUAUAGUGAGUGAAACUAUUGCCGCAACAUGAAAGGUAAGUUGAAGACUUCUGUGGUUUACUUAAUCUUCUAGUAGCUUCUCCUAAGCCUUAGGAUGUGGCCUGUACAUGCAAUACAAGUUGUACCCAAUCCUAUGUAUUCUCGAUUCCAAGAUUCAACUAUCCUGUUUAACGAUCAAACUGUGUGGUAUAUGGUGUUGCUGGGAUUGAAUACUUGGUUUAUUAUAGCAUUUUUAUGCUCUUUUACCAUACUGCUCAUCUUUGAGAUCUUUGGGUUCUUCUUGGAAUGCACUGGUUUUCUGGAGAAAUAGUGGAAGUUUUUUCAGAAAAUCUGCUGUUUGGGAGGCCACCUUGGUUGACUCGACUCACGUAUCCAUUCAGGCUGUGAACUUCGUAUUGGUCAGGGGCAUUUCCCUUUUUGUUGUGACAAGUGGGUGACGAAGGAAAAAAGAAUACAGCUCAAUAAGUCUCAACUCAGGUGCAUGACCCGAUAUGCAUGUUUAUAGAUGAUUGUGCGUAUUCCAAGUCUACAUGGUAGCCAUAAAUUCAUUUGAUGUGUGAUGUAUGGUUGAGAUGAUUCUGAUCGCUCAGAUUCAUCCAAGCCGACGGGUAAAAAUUUUUGAAUUUCAUGUUCUGAGCUGAUGAAU